AUUAGAAUCGUUUCAUUAUGUCACUUUAAAUUACAGCUGCUACACCUCUGUCAUAAAAAUACACGGAACUAUUUGGCCAAAUAAUUUUCUAGCAUGUAUAGCUCAGCCUGUAUGGCUCUCCACGGGAGGGGUCGUACAGGUCGUUUUCUUUCACGCUGGGCCGCCAUGUAUCAUUCAUAAUGAUAUCGGUCUGAUUUUUGAUAUGAUGAAAAAGGACUCACAUUGUAAUAACUGUCUAAUAAUCAUUGUAACAUUGUAACAAACACACAAUGAUGCCUGCACAUUAGACUGCUAAUUAGAAAGUUGUCUAACCGUAUUUAUCUGCAGGAAAAACAGGACCAGUUUUCUUCGCUUGGCAUUUUUGGGAUACGUGUUUUUCGCAGGACUGCAAUGUUGUAUAUGGACCUCAACAAGGUGAGGCGAGAGUUUGUGGAAAGGGUGUCAAGAGAAGUGAUCUGUCAGCUUCUGGACGACCUUUUGGACGACGGCGUGGUGAACGAUGGGGAGAAAGAGUCGAUCCUCGAGGACAACAGGAUCAGAGGUGACAGGGCCCGAGCUCUCAUUGACACGGUGAAGAGAAAAGGGGACGAAGCCAGCAGGAAGUUUAUGGCUCACCUUCAAGGCAGAGACCCUACGCUUUACUUUGCCCUGUGCCUGAUCUGUGGUCAGCCUGCUGAGACCCAGGCGGAGCCGGAAUGGUCGACCAGCCUCAUCCCCGCCACAGUCGAGUUCUGGAGGAAGACACAGAAUGACAAACAGGUUUACCCUGUGCCCCGAAAUUCCAUGAGGAAUCGUGUGGCCCUGCUGAUCACCAAUAUUGAGUUUACUAAUGAGCAGUUCAACAGAAAUGGGGCCGAGAAAGACGAGGAGAACAUGGUGAAGCUGCUCACAUCUCUGAGUUACGAGGUCGUGAAACACACAAACCUCACAGGAAAGGCAAUCGACGCGGCUAUGAUCGAGUUCUCCAAACACCCAAAACUCAAAGAGACAGACAGCGUGCUGGUGGUCAUCAUGUCUCACGGCAAACUGGGAGCCGUCCUUGGCGUCGACUUCAAAAAUGAGACAUCAGGUGACGAGGAACCAGAUGAGUUCCCCAUCAACAACAUUUACAAACACCUGGGCUCAGAGAAAUGUCCGGCACUGCUGAACAAACCCAAGAUCAUCAUCAUCCAGGCCUGCAGAGGAGUGGAGCGAGGAUCAGUACUUGUUUGCGACGAUGCAAACUCAGCUGUGCUCUGCGAUGUCGUGGAGCAGUCAUCCCCGUCCACUGGCGGAGAAGAUAUAGAGGACGAUACCCUGAAAUGUGUCCACAAAGAAAAAGACUUCCUUUCUCUUCUUUCCUGCACCCCCGAUACUGUCUCAUACAGACAAAGAGAUCGUGGGUCUUUUCUCAUCCAGUAUAUUGUCGAGGUAUUUAACACCUUCGCACAUAAGGAUGACAUUGAAGAACUUUUCAGAAAAGUCAUGCAGCGCUUUGAGGACUUCGCCAUCCAGAACAGACGACAGAUGCCGACCAAAGAGAGAUGCACUCUAACAAAGCGCUUCUUCUUCUUUCCAGGCAUCUGAGACAGGAUUCGCUGUUGUGUAGCUACAUUCCAGAUUAUGCUUUAAUGCUUUCUGAGGUGUUUGUUGGUGGACUGAUAAAAGUAAUGGCCCUGACAGUCAGGGGACCCCUGUGUUAUGGUUCUGGUGGUCAGUUUUGUUUUUUCCUGUCUUAUGUUGAAAGUGUCAUCUUUUGCCUUACUUCCUGUGUUUUGUAGUUGUUGAUUCGUUUCUCCUGUCCCUCAUUAGUCCUCCCUCCCCAGUGUAUUUAAGCCAGUGUUUUCUCAGUGCCUUCUUCACCAUUCCCGUGUGCCUUUUGUUUUUUUGCCUUUCCUGUUAAUAACUUGUUUUGAACUGCGCCUGCUUCAACCCCUCACUUCCUUGUUUUCCCCAUCUGCAAAAUGGUGACAACCUGGGCCAGAGCAAAGAGAUGCAACACACGACCUCGUCAAUUGUAGUCAUUUUAUGUCUUUGGUGUUUUGCUCCUUUGUAGAGGAGGGGUGGGGGUCCUUUUAUAUGUGUAUGUCCAGUGACAAAUUGUUUUAUAAGCCGUCCAUAAUCAAAAUGAACUUUGUUUUAUAUGUACUUAAAUCAUUGCAUUUAUACUUUUAUACAUAACUGACAGUGUGUAAGGCUUUGACUUAAUGGAGCACUUUUAUAUUAUAUUUUAUAUUCAAAUAUUAUUGAUAUUAAAUGAUUCUGUGCAUCAGG